AGUUACUCCUUCGGGCACACUUUUCUUUCGCACCCGCCGCCGCCAUCGCGUCGCAUCCAAUCCAUCUCACCCAUCCCACAUGUCCAGCAAGCGAAGCGAACUCCGCCAUUUCUCUUCCUCGCCAUUUUCUAUCCUUCCUACAGCACAGCAAUUCCGAAUCCCAAUCCCUUAUCUCUCCUCACUUGUGUCCAGCUUGCUUCCACCUACUUUUGUGCCCGACUCGCCUGCACAGAACGCUCCUCUUCCUUGUGGGUUUCAGGCGAGCGAUUUUUCGGAGCGACAGCACAACCAUCUAGUGAAACCCACAAGCUCAGUGCAAGGCCCAUCAAGUUUGCUCGAACUACCGCGUAGCGUCGCAUUUCGCGCAUCGCCAGUGGUAGCAGCACCAGUCGUCUCUAGUAGAGACGCCCGACUCUCAAGCCGGAACGUGACCACUACCACCGCGGUGUCCCUGCAUUCCACACUCGCCCGCCCAUCCUCCAUGGCGCGCCGAGCAUCCGUCCACGUCACCACACUCGCCCUUCCUCCACUCCGGCACUCCCCUUUCUCCACCCCCCCCUCCUCCCCCUCCUCCUCCUCCUCCUCCUCGUCUUCUCAUCCCCACCCCUCGCGGGCAGCCUCCCCUGCUUCUUCCGCCGCCCGUUCUGCUCCCACGCGCGCCGGAGCCCCGCGACUCCGUCAGGCCCGCCGCCUAAGAUAGCCGGGUGCGAGGUGUUUCCCCGAAGCAACGUGUGGAACAUGCGCGUCGACUCGCUGCCCGUGCACGCCAUGUCCAAGGCCUACGUCGCGUCCAUUGGGCUCGACUCCCACGUGCACGCGGACUUCGGGUCAGGCCUGUGGGAGGGAAACCCCAUCGGCAUCCCACUCAACCUCGUGGACAGCACCACCCCCACCACCUCCCCGUCCUUCUACUACCCUGAUGAGAGCGACCUCGGUCCGUACCCCAUACCAGCUUCCCCGUUAGUGGAGGGGGGUUCGGAUCACCACUGUCUGCUGCUUGACACGGAGCACUGCCUGCUGUACGAGAUCUACGACUACUCCUUGCAGAACUCCCAAGUGUCAGCUGGCAGUGGCGCCGUGUGGAAUCUGACGUCCAACAAGCUCAGGCCCGCUGGAUGGACGUCUGCUGAUGCUGCUGGCCUGCCGAUCCUUCCAGGGCUGGCGCGCUACGAGGAGGUGGAGGCGGGCGCCAUCCGCCAUGCGCUGCGGUUCACAGCGGCCAGCACUCAGCGCAAGUACGUGUGGCCGGCUCGGCACUACGCCAGCAGCAACACUGACCCCAAGCAGCCGCCCAUGGGCAUCCGAGUGCGGCUUAAGAAGUCCUUCAACAUCACCAAGUUCCCUCCUCAAGCCCGCAUAGUCCUGAGAGCGCUGCAGACUUAUGGCAUGAUGCUGGCAGACAACGGCUCGCCGUGGUACAUAACUGGUGCUCCCAACGAAGGCUGGGAUAAUGACGACCUGCAUUCGCUCCAUGGCAUCCUGGGGAAACACUUCGAGGUUGUGGAUAUGUCCGAAGCUGCCAGGCGUGCCGCCGCUAUGAAGGUGUUGAGAGAACCAUAACGUGCUGCUGCUCUUUCUUCUCAAUAGGUUGUACAUAUUUGUUGCAAGGACAUAAAUCAUGUACAUGCGUUUCUCAUAUAGACUCAUAUUAUUUUAUGCAA